CGCCGCCCCCGCCGUGAUGCGGCCCCGGCUCCGCCUCCCCCGCUCCGCCGGCGCUGGGAGCUCCCUUCGCCUGUUUGCCCUUAUUUAAUUUCGAGUGUGAUUUUGCUAUUUUUAGCAGCUGGAUCCCCUCCAAUCCGCAGUCGCCGCGGGCGGGGGGUCCCUUCGCUCCGCAACACAGACCCGCCGGGAAAAACAAAACCAUCGAGCCGCCCCCAGAACCCACCGCGAACGCCCGGCUCCGCGAUCAAGCUGACUACGAUGAGUGAAUCCAGCGCCAAAUCCAGCCAGCCCCUGGCCUCCAAAGGGGAGAAAGACGUGUCGGAGAAGAGGGGCCGAGGGCGGCCCAGGAAGAAGCCGCAGCAGGAGCCCAGCGAGGCCCCGACCCCCAAGAGACCCCGUGGACGGCCGAAGGGCAGUAAAAACAAGGCCACCCCAAAGGGCAGGAAAGCUGCAGUCACACCAGGGAGGAAACCUCGAGGGCGACCCAAAAAAUCGCAGCAGGACGAGGAGGAGGUGAACAUUUCCCAGGAGUCAUCCGAGGAGGAGCAGUGACACCUCCCGAACCGGCGCUACCUCAUCGCCCGACGGCCCCGCAGCGGCCGGGGGAGAGGGGUGGGGAGAGACCCACUGUGCCGCCCUGGCUUCCUCCUCCUCCUCCUCCCUCCUCCGCUCCCUCCUCACCCUCAGACAACGGCAGCACUGGAAAAUGGCCCAACCCGGGCGGCCCCCGCAGCCCCCGCCCGGGGGGGGCACCUGCCCCAGCUCCCCCUCCCCAGCCCUGGGGUUCAGGGCACCCCACUGGAAAGGGGGAUCAUGGCAGAGAGCCGGGGCUGGCACCCCCCACCUUCGCUGCCCCCCAUGCAGUGAUCUCACCCCAUCAAAGUGGGUGCUGGCUGCCCCUCCCAGCACUGGGCUCUGCCCUGGGGCCUCUGCAGGGAAGAGACAGGGGGGGCAGUGAAGGUGGGACCCCCCCCAAAAUGCAUUAGACCUUUGCUCUGGCCUGCUGCUACCCUGGGCAACCCCCUUGGUCCCCCCAGUCCUGGGUGACUGCACUGUGUGCGGGAGCAGCUCCCGUGGCGAGGGAGCCCAUCCCCGGGGUGCCCACCCCCAGGGGUGCCAGUCCCCAGGGGUGCCCAGGCACGGCUGGCUCUGGGCAGCCCUCUCCUCAUAGGUUCUGGUAUAUAUAUAUAUUUUUUUGUUUAGUACUUUUUUUCCUUUCAUUCACAACUACCUCUGGAUAUUUAAGUUCCACUCUCUGAACUCACAGACGUGCUGCUGCGCUGCCAGGGCACCGUGGGCUCGGUGGUUCCUGUUUUCGGGGUGUUGCUGGGGGCUGUGGGGUAUUUUUUUUUUUUUCCCCUUUUUUUUGGGCUUCAUUUUUCUUUUUUUUUUUAAUUGUUAUUUUGAGGUCUAGUUUGCUCUGCUGCUUCAAGGGAUCGAGGCUGGCAGGGCAGAGGUGUGGGAGGACCAUGGGAUGCUCCCCCUGCCCCUCUGCCCCGGCACGACGGCUGCAGCGGGACCGGAGGUCGGUGCCGGGCGGCCCCGGCGGGAGAGAAUCGGGGUUUGGUUUGGGUUAUUUUUUGGUUCACUGUUAACGACCUUUUGGGUUCCUAUUUGCAGUUACUUGAAUAAAACAUUUUAUGGA